GAUGGUGAUGGGGUGUUCAGAAGCAUCUAACUAAGUUGUUUUUUCACCCCAGAUCUUACCAAUUCUGGGAAAUUUUAAAGAUCAGCUGUUUGAGUUAUUUGUGAUUUAAAAAAACCUUAAAAGGUGUUCUGUUUUGUGUAAAAGGAAAGAGCACCUUUAGGCUGAGAAUAAGCAUGGAAAGUUUUAGCCCAAAAUAAGAACUUUCAUAGAGUUGAGUGAAUGAAACCAAAGGGUUAUAACGAAAGUCAAGAAGCGACCAGGAAAGGUGUGAUGCUGAGAAUAUACAGAUUGAUAGCUUCAUGUUUUUCUAAUUGUCAAUUCAAAAACAGCCAUAAACAAUUAAGGAAAAAACCUGUCUGUUCUCAUUCAGUGACACGCUGAGCACACUCAGUGCUGUGCAGUCUCUGUCUGCCAGGGAGAAGAUGAUUUAUCUCUAUAGCAACACACCUCUCCACCAAUGGUGCAAAAAGCGCAGCAGCAAAGCAAAAUUGCAAUAUGUGGGGGGAAAAAAUUGCACUAAGGCCUUUUAUCUUAGAUGUGACAAGAUCACAAGCCAGACGAGUCAGGCAGGUUUGGGAGGGUUGGUAAGUAUUCCACUUUUAACAAGUCUGCCUCAUACUACAAGAUAGUUCAUGGAAAAUUUUUAAAAAACAGGAGGCUAUAUGCUGCUGUUAGAGAGGCAUUAGAAAAUAGAUAUAAAAACAACCCUCUUAUGCAACUUUCAGAAUCUGACUUUAAAUUAACUGUAUGAAAAUAUGUUUACUAUCCUCUAACUAUCAUUGCAUCCAAGAGAAGACAGAAGUAAACACCCCAUUUCCCCCCUUAUGUAAAAAUUAAGGUGGCAUAAGAAGCUUGUGUGUUUCAGAGGGCUCCCCCCGCACACCACUGAAGUAAACAGCAUUCAAAUUAAACCAAAGCAAAAAGGCUCUUAAAAAUGUUGCCUUUCGGUGUUAUGGAAGCAAGAUGAUAUGAAUGUGGAAAGAACUGCAUACAGACGCCAACCAUUUUGCUCCAAUGAAUACUGGCAGCAUGAAAAAAAGAACAGUGGGAUGGACGCUGACCUGCCAGAGAGCUAGAAACAGCUAUGGUGUGUUUACAACCAUGGAGGCUACCAAUCAGGGGUGGCCUGAAGAGUUUGGGUUUAAGAUAAGUGGAAAUGGUCCUUGCUACAUCCUUGCAGUAGAAGAGGGCAGCAGCGCUUAUUUAGCUGGUCUUCAGCCAGGAGACCAGAUCCUGGAGAUAGAAGGCCAGCAUGUUUCUGCCAUGAACUGCGAGACUCUCAUCAACCUGGCGAGGCAGUGUGAGAAUGUGCCUCCCAGCAUUGGAGUGGUCUCACGCAUUCAGCAGAUGGAUAUCAAUCCUGGCCCGGAUGGAAAGUUUGGUUUCAGCCUGAUGUGUAACAGUGGCAACCCACUGCAAGUGGAGAGGGUAGCCCCAGACUCGCCUGCUUCUGAGUGUGGAAUCAAACUGGGAGACUAUGUGCUGGAAGUCAAUGGGAUUCCAGUGAAGCUUUAUGAAGCAGCAGCUGCCAUGAUUAAAUCCUGCCAAGGGAAGGCUCUGAGACUGGGGCUGCUGCGGCUUGGGCGAGUGCAGAGAUGGACCAGCAGCAGUGUACGGGGAUUCGUCCAAAGUGCUGACACCAUCCACCAAGAGAGAAAACAGAAGGCUCAGGAAUUCAACAAGAAGGUUGACGAAAUUCUCGGAGAUCAGCCAGAGGUAAAAGAGAAAGUUUUCACCAUCUUGAAACAGUAUGCAGCAGAGAGGAAGGUGGAAUACUUGGCUUACACCCUUUCCAUGAUUCUCACUAAAGAAUCCCAUCAACUUCUCAUUGACAAUAUCAGGAUCUUCAUCCCCAAGAAACACCGGCAGCGCUUUGAUGAAGUGGUGUCCCAGAGCCUGAUCAGCAAACUCUGCCGGUCAAAGAGCGAGCAGCACACCAACCGGCUGAGGCGCAGCCGCAGCGAAGACCACCAGGAGCGGCUGCUAGUGUCGACCAGGGCAAGCUCGGUGCCUCGGAGCCACGAGGAAGCCAGCAAGGGUUUGCGGAAGACAACUUCUUUGAUCACCAGCAGUGUGGGAUCAGGGGCUGCCCGCAGAACUGUUCGAGUUUACAAAGGCAGCAAAAGCUUUGGCUUCACGUUACGUGGACAUGCCCCCGUGUGGAUUGAGUCCAUUCUGCCUGGCAGCCCAGCUGAGAAGGCUGCUCUCAAAGCUGGAGACCGAAUCUUAUUUCUCAAUGGACUGGAUAUGAGGAAUUGCUCCCAUGAUAAGGUGGUGUCCAUGCUGCAGGGCAGUGGGGCCAUGCCUACCCUGGUUGUGGAAGAAGGGAUGAUCCAUUUUCCAGUUGAUUCUGAGUCUGCUGACUCCCCAAACCCCUCCUCAGCCCUCACCUCCCUGCAGUGGGUGGCAGAGAUACUUCCUUCUAGCAUCAAGAUCCAAGGAAGGACCUUCAAUCAGCAGCUGGAACGUCUGUUGACACCACCCGAGCGCUACAUCAUCUGCAAAUCACUAGAAAGCUUCUUCCAGCAUCGGAACAUCGAUACUCUUAUAGUGGAUGUGUACCCUGUGCUGGACACACCAGUCAAGCAGAUCAUUUGGCAGUUUAUCUACCAGCUAUUGACAUAUGAAGAGCAGGAGCACUGCCAGCAAAAGAUUGCCAGGUUCCUUGGUUACAAGUUGGUGGCAGCUGCAGCAGAGCCAGGGGCAGAGGAACGGCACCGGACUUCAGUUCGAGGGGCUUCAGUAUGUCGGGGAAGCAUUCGAACGCGAGGCCCUGAGGAAGGGGGGACAGGAGCAGGUCACAGUGACACUGGGGAAGUAUCAAGUCGACUGACGCCUGGAGAGAGGCAAGCGGGUGACGGCACAUCCCUUCCAGAGACUCCCAACCCCAAAAUGAUGUCGGCUGUCUAUGCAGAGUUAGAAAAUCGCCUGAUCAGCAGCUUUGCAGGAAAGAUGGCUAAUGCCACCACACACAGAGAUUCACCCCCUGUCCCAGACCAGGCAAACGCUGCAGGUGUUCGAAAGUCGGGGAUGACGAUCUCCUGGCAGAGUGAUCCUUUGCCUUCCCAGCAGUGCUAUUACCACCCACACAGCAGCAUCCCCUCCCCCAGCAGCACAGAGUCCAACCCCUACGUCAGCCUAGACAGCAGCCCUGCCCCUUCACCCAAGCACAUGGACUACACACUCAGCCCACUGUCUCGACGGAAGAAACUCUUCACCUUCUCCAGGCCCCCCCGCAGCCGGGACACAGAUCGCUUCCUGGACGCCUUGAGUGAGGAGCUGGGACACAGGGUCACCAUCGUGGAUGACUUCCUCACACCUGAGAAUGACUACGAGGAGAUGAGUUUCCAUGAUGACCAGGGCAGCUAUGUCACCAAUGAUAUGAGCAGUGCCAGCGAGUACAUCAGCAGCAGCGAUGAAGGGAGCUCUCUGACCUACUCCACCCUAUCCGAUCACAUCCCCCCUCCCCCACUCAGUCCGCCCCCGCCCCCACCGCAGUUCCAUGAUCCAAGACCAGUCACUUUGAGCUCAGAGGCCACCAGAAAUAUCUCCUCCCCACUCUCCAAAACCCUAGGGAGUCACUCACACCCAGUUCCUCCCCCUCCUCCUCCCCCACCUCCCCCACCAGUGCCAUGUGCACCCCCCCUGCUGCAGCGGGGCCUCGUACAUCGCAGGAGUGAAUCCAGCCACAUGAGCGUCAAAAGGCUGCGGUGGGAGCAAGUGGAGAACUCGGAAGGCACCAUCUGGGGGCAGCUUGGAGAAGACUCAGAUUAUGACAAACUGAGUGAUAUGGUCAAAUACCUCGACCUGGAGCUUCAUUUUGGAACUCAAAAGCCUGCAAUUUCUCUUCCAGAGCCAACUCUAUUGCCUGAAUCCUUUAAAAAGAAAGAUGUGGUUGAAAUUUUGUCUCACAAAAAGGCCUACAACACAUCCAUCCUGAUAGCCCACCUCAAGCUCUCACACAUCGAGCUGCGCCAGAUUCUCAUGACAAUGGAGAGCGACCGCCUGGAGUCCUCUCACAUCAAGCAGCUCCUGCUGUAUGCGCCCGAUGCGGAGGAGGUCCAGCAGUACCAGAACUAUCAGGACAAUCCCAGCAAGCUGAGUGAGCCAGACCAGUUUGUCCUGCAGAUGUUAUCAGUACCAGAAUAUAAAACCCGGCUACGCAGCCUUUACUGUAAGACCACCCUGCAGGAGAAGGCAGAGGAGAUCAAAGCCAGCUAUGAGUGUAUUUGCAAGGCAUCCCUGGAGCUGAAAAGCAGCAAGAAACUGGCUAAGAUCUUAGAGUUUGUGCUGGCAAUGGGGAACUAUCUGAAUAACGGGCAACCCAAGACCAAUAAAACGACAGGCUUUAAAAUCAACUUCCUCACUGAGCUGAACACAACCAAGACCGUUGAUGGGAAAUCCACUUUCCUGCACAUUCUUGCCAAAUCACUUAGCCAACAUUUCCCAGAACUUUUGGGUUUUGCCAAGGACCUUCCUACAGUUCCGCUCGCUGCCAAAGUGAAUCAGAGAACAUUAACAGCUGAUCUCAACGACCUUCACACCACCAUCAGUGAAAUAGAGACUGCCUGCCACAGCAUGCCAGCUGCUGAAGAGGACAAAUUUGCUAUUGUGAUGAAUUCUUUCCUGGAGAGCGCCCAUCCCACGAGGCAAUCUCUGGAUGACCUGCAGCAUAAGGCCAUGGAGGAAUUCGGCAAAGUGCUGUCCUUUUUUGGGGAAGACUCCAAAGAGACCACAUCUGAAUCUUUUUUUGGCAUUUUUGCUGAGUUCAUGAGCAAGUUUGAGAGGGCGCUCAGUGACGUGCAGGCCUGCGAAAGCCAGCGCAGUCCCAGGAUGACCUCGCCCCUUGCCUGGUGAUGGGCUUGUGGUGACAUUUGGUGCAACACUUUAUUGCCAACAAAGUGCGAUGGGUUCCUAUUGGUUGUAAAUAUGCUGCUGUCAUGUUAGCACCAAUCAGAACCAUGGACCAAGGCAAAGGGGCUUGUUUAAUGGUAAUCUGGACACUGUAGGCAAAACUUCUGUGAAAAGGCACCAUGGAUGGGUCCUGGGAUGGACGUAGGGGUGGGGCAGGGUUACAGAGUUAAGACAAACACUGUGUUAGUCCUAACUACAGGAUCUUACUUUUAGUGCCCUAGAUUUCCAGUGUAUUGUUGAAUCAGGUUUGCAGACACACCUGCUUAUGUUUUUCAGAAUCUGUACAUGUCGGCAAUAGUAAACCUUGGGAUCCCUGCCCAGGACUCUGUUGUGGGCGCACAAAGCGUUUUCUUCUUCCCAUGUAACAGGGGCUCAGCACUCUCCCACUGUGGGACACAGGCACUGCUCUGCAGGAGUCAGAGGGAGAGCAGGGCCAGGGCCUGCCCCCUACACAGUGAGCAAGAGCUGGUCGGGCACAGAAGCAAGCACAUGGCAUACCCCUUGAAAGGGUGAUGGACCUGCCACUGGAGCAUGCGCUCCAGGGAGCCUUGGGAGGAACCGCUGAUGAGUCAAGCUGAAUUCCUCCUCAGAGUCCCUGCCAUGCUGCAGUCAGAACUCCCACUGACCCCUCACUGGUUGAGUCAGGGCGCUUCAGGGUUUCGCUCAGAAUCUUUAAUCCUGGACUCUUGCAGGGAAAGGUCAGUGACGAUGUCAGGAAAUUACCUCCCAGAAUUGUGCAUGGUGUAUCCACUUUGUCCCCAAACAUGGAUCCAAUAUGGUUCCAUCCGGUUGCUUUAUACAAUGGGACAAUCCUGAAAUUCCUUCCUGGCUGUGUCAUAUUUGCUUAGGUGUGUGGCAAUGACUGAUGGGUCUGGACAGUUCACUAGAAAAUUAACAUCUUCCUCACCAGAUCUAUAUGGACUUGCCAGGAGACAUAGUUCACUGAGCAUCUUGAAGCCUCCAUAGAAAGUAUAAAACCCUUGGCAGUCUAAAAGUCUAGCAAUCCGUGGGAUUCCUUCAAGCAGCUAAAGCCCUGCAGUGUAGCUUCUGAGGCUAGCCAGAGAGCUUAGCAGGAAACCAAGUAUGUGCUGUACCUUUCAAUCAUUUACUGAGGGCCUGUAGUUCUGUGGUAACAUCUGACAUAAUGGAGGAGUCAAUCAAUCCUUCAUGCCAAGUGUAUUCUGUGAACUGCAGAACUGUACGCACCAUGCUCCAUUGUUCUGGCAGCCUCUGAUUAUUCUGUAGGUAAAUUUAAUUAUAUCUGAGAUGUCCUUCUGGGAUUAAUGCUCUACUAGACUUCUGUGGUCUGCGCAUGUGCCUCCAGGUGAUAAAGCUUGCUAAGAUCCUUACAGCAAGAAGCAUCAGUGCGUUCACAUUGUCGGGCAUUAUUUUGUGCAAAAAGCAGUCAUUGCCUUUCAACUCUGAUGUGCUCUAACAUCCUGCUCCUUGAAACACUCCAGCAACAUCUGGAGCUUAGGUAACAUUUCUCAUCCAAAUGCUUCUCCUCACUUGAUGCCAGAGCAAGAGGUCCUAUCACAGCCUGUGCGGAGAGUAGAGAAUCACCAACUGGUGCAUUAUUUACAGGAGACCUUAUGUGCAUCAAAUCCUUUGUUUUCAGUACUUUUUAAAACUCCCUGCUGUAGAAAGUGAUGUAUGUUUCCACAAGUGUUUUCAGUUUUUACAGCUUUAAGUGCCAAGUAGCUUCUAGCAUUGUAUUAUCAGAUGCCCAAGCAUUGCAUUAUCAGAUCUGUGUUUUUUCUUCUUGAUUUAUGAUAGGACAAUGCAUAUUUGUCUCCCUUCGGUGUUUCAGAUGCUGCAUACCGUGUAUAGCUGAUUUUUUUUAAAGCACAUGUUAUGUAUUUAAACCCUUUGAGGUUAUUUUGAAACUGUCAUUAAUGAAAAUGCUGUACAUAGACUUUGCUACCUGUUGUAACUUGACAAAAUAGCUAAAACUCCAGUCGCUUUGUUUCCAGAUAGUAUUUUUAUGUGAAAAUUUUCAGAGAACCAGAACUUCUGAGAUAUGGUUAUAUUAUUUGAUAACAGGACUAUGUGUAUAGUCACAAUUCAGUCUCUACCCAAAACCUGUGUGCUGUCCCCCAAAAUAAAGCUACUGCCUUCUGCCUUCCAA